CAUGGUAGGCUAGCGGAGCGAGCAGGGGCGGAGCCAUUCGUUUUUUAAACAAAACCGGGCUCGAGAAAGCGACUUGAUUCUGGGCGUUCUUGGAGAAAAUUAAUUGUGUUUGUAGUAUUAGCUACUAGAGAGGGCCGGUUUCCCCUGGGAAGAAAAGCCGAGCUGGCUCAUAGCUUGUGGGCAGAGCUGCGCCGACUUGGAGACGUUCUUAGCCACAAGCGCUCCUCCACCCAGCUGCUUUCUCUCCGGCAGCCGCGCCCUGAUGGCCUCCAGCCUGGCGGAGGAUCUGGUGUGCCCCAUCUGCCUGGCCUUCUUCCAGGAGCCCCACAUGCUGGGCUGCGGCCACAACUUCUGCCUGGCUUGCCUGCGCAGCGCCGUCCCCGCCGGCCAGGAGGAGGGGACGUGCCCCGAGUGUCGCGACCCCUUCCAGCUGCGGGAGCUGAAGCGCAACAGGGCCCUGGGCAGCCUGGCCAAGAAGGUCGGCCGCUGGAGAGGGGACCAGGAGGAGCCGCUGCCGCCGGGGAGCGCCGCCUUGGGGCAGUGGCAUUUCUGCGAGGCCCACGACGAGCCGCUCAAGCUCUUCUGCACCCAGGACGAGGCGCCCCUCUGCGUCAUCUGCCGGGACCUGCCCCAGCACCGCGGCCACGACUUCUUGCCCACCAAGAACGCCGUGCACUUGGCUCAGGGAAAAUUGAAAGCAUACCUGAAACAUCUGGAGAAGCAACUGGAGGAAACAACUAAGGAUAAAACUGAUCAGCUGAAGGAAAUUGGGGCUCUGAAGAAAUGCACUGAAGACCUCCUGGGUUACAUUGCCGAAGGGUUUGAAGCUCUCCACCAGAUCUUGCACAAGAAAGAACAGGCCAUUAAGCAGAUGGUAGAGAAUAUGAUGGAGAAGAACAUUGAGGAAAUGGAGGAUUCCUUUAUCUCUCUAAACGCAGAGGUGUCUUCGCGUACGGAGACCAUUGCCAAGGUCAAAGCCGCACUGGAAGCAGCGGAUCAUGUUGCCUUUCUGAAGGGCCUUAAGGAGCUGAUGAAGCAAGUCAAGACAGACCACCAAGGAGAGAUAGAAGAUUAUGAGGAAGCUGAGGAGAAAUCUGACGAUGAAUCAGACGGGAAAUCUGAUAAAGAUGAAAGCGACGAGCAAUGUGAAGGAAGUUACUGUGAAGAUGAAGAGGGUGAGGAUUAUGAACGUGGUGAUAGGGUGGUACUUGUGGAGCUCGCCCUUGAAAACUUCGGGGAGUCACUAGACUUUGAGACGUGGAAGAAAAUGCUGAAGGGUAUCAAGCCCAGGAAGGUUGCCCUGGACUGUAAACUGCAACGGAUAUAGGGGUAUCCUUCGGCUUAAGAGGAACUACAUCCCAGUGUCAAACAAGUGAUUCUAGUGGUGUUACCUACUCUGCUCAGACUGAUGGUCUAAAGUUAUGUUCUGUUCAAGGACUACCUUGAGAUUUUUUGUUUUGUUCUUCGCAAUCCUGUUUAAAGGGACUGGAGUUUCCGUUUGUAAUGUUACAGAAAGCCAAUAGAAAGGCAUCAGUAAUCACUGGCAGUGGGAUAGAUGGUGUUACAUGUCUGCAGCUGCCCUUGAGCAUUUUCUGCCUGUAGAUGGUGACUUAUUCUGUGCAGGCAGAAUGUUACAGACACUAAUGGAAGGCUCUGUGGGCCUCCAUAUCAUUGUUCAUUAAUAAAAAGAUUUUUAAAAAUCACAUUUAAAA